AUGCCCUUCACAAUCUUCACCCGUCCAUUUAUUUCUCUUCCUCUCCCUUCCUUUCUCUUGCUCUUUCUCGCUCUUUCUUCCACCUUCUCGGCCUCUUUUCAGAACUUCUGCCUACCCUUUCUUUCUCUCUCUCUCUCUCAUAAUUCCUCCCGUUUUCCAAGAUCUCUUUCAAUCUCUCUCUAUAUCUCCCAAUAUCUCUCUUUUACUUACUCUCACCCUUGCUUUUUACGAUGUUCUUCAUUAUCUUUUUUACUCUGUCUUUCUCCUUUUCUCUUCCUCCUUUUCUCACUUAAGGGAUCUAUCUAUCUAUCUAUCUAUCUGUUUUUCGCAUCCCUGCUUUCUGAAUCUUACUCUCACAGGCCGUCUCUCUCUUUACUAACCUCUCCCUCUUUCUUUAUGUAUUUUCUGGGAGUUUCCCCCCUCUCUUGCUUUCUUUCAGAAUUUCUCAUUUUCAUUUCUUUCUUUUUCAGGAAUGCUCUCCAUUCCUUACCCACCUUUUUUUCUCUCUGUCUGUUUCUCCGUCUCUCUCUUUUACCACACCUUUCUUUCUGUUUCUUCUCUAGUUCCCUUUCUCUCAUUCUUCUUCAAUUCUUUCUUUCUUUCUUUCUUUCUUUCUUUUGUCUGUCUGUCUGUCAUAAAAUACUUCCUUCUAAUUUUAGCUAA